CGGGAUUGGCUGUUCCGGAUCAGAGGCGUUUAGAGGCAGCGCCUCAAGUGUUAGGAAAACUGCUUUGUACCAUUAAUCUCCGCGCUAAAUCUCUCUCACAUAGAGGACCGACCGGAGGUUCUUCUCCAGAAAGCUCACCCAAAUCCAGCUAAGGCUCCGUGAAUCCGUAAAUGUCUGGCGAGCAGGAGCCUGCACCCUUGGAUAGCCGAAGGAGUAGGAAACUAGAGGAACCUUCGAGGAGGACCAGAGUUGGAAAGAUGAAGAAAAUGCUUCAGGAGAAGGGCCUCCGGGAGAAUAUGAUGGAGGCUCGGAUGAAUUCAAGUAUGGAACCCCACCAUCAAAGGCGAAAGGAUUUGCCAGAGGUUCUGCAAAUGAAGAUCACAAGGAAUCGAUCAAAUGCAGAAACAUCAAGGGAAAAUGGGCACAGUGAAGAUAAGUCCCAGGUCCGCGAUUUCAACCUGAGGAAGCAGGAAAGGAAAUCAUAUAUUGAGGGUUUUGAACACAAGGAAGACGACUAUUUGUUCUGUGAGAAGUGCCAGUUAUACUUCGUGGAAAAAUGCUCAGUGCACGGCCCCCCCAUAUUUAUCAAAGACUCAGCGGCCGAAAAGUAUCAAGAAAAUCGUUCGGUGGUCACCUUACCCCCCGGGCUGCAGAUCAAGACGUCUGGCAUCCCCAAUGCCGGGCUUGGAGUGUGGAAUCAAGGCACAACCUUGUCUCGAGGGCUGCACUUCGGACCAUACAUGGGGAUAAGGACAAACAAUGAGAGGGAGUCCUACAGCGGAUACUCUUGGAUGAUCGUCAGAGGUAAAAACUACUAUGAGUACCUGGAUGGGAAGAACACAUCUUUUUCUAACUGGAUGAGGUACGUGAACUGCGCUCGGACUGAAGAAGAGCAGAAUUUAAUGGCCAUUCAGUUCCACGGAGAGAUCUACUAUCGCACCUGCCGUGUGAUUCCACCUGGCCAAGAGUUGCUGGUGUGGUACGGGGAAGAAUAUGCCCGUAACCUGGGAAUCCUCUCAUACAAUAAGAACCCAGAGCCAGGGGAAAGGCCUCAUUCUUCCGGAGGCUCGUUCGCGCCGUCAGCGAGAGGUGGCGGAGUCAAGCAGCGUAUAUGGAGCAAGUGUCGCUCUGCUGCCCUCCAACGUACCAGAGAAAGGCGAAACUCCACACAUGACUUCCCUCCAAAACAUGAGGAUACUGCGGCUCGCCAAGAUGAGCGGCAGUGUCCAGAUCGUGGCCGGGCGAAGCAGAGAGGGGUCAGAAAGAGUGAACAGAUAGAAAGGGCCAAGGCUAUGGGAAGGAAGAAAACUUUAGGGGCAUUGUCCCCCCAGCGCCGGGAAGGCCUCUCGGAUGAAGCCGGACAGAGAAAGAAGAGUGGACAUGAGAAGAGUGGACAUGAGCAACUCAGGCAGAAGCCGGGUCCGAGCGAGGCCUGGGCGGGGCCUGCAGAAGGGAGCGCCAUUCCGCGGAGGCACUGCUGCGAUGUCUGCGGCAAGGCUUUCAACCGGUUAUCGCGGUUGAAGCUACAUAAGAGGAUACACACCGGGGAGAAGCCAUUAGCGUGCAGAUAUUGUAAGAGGGCGUUUAGCGACCCAUCCAACUUGAAAAGGCACUUACGGAUACACACAGAGGUGAAACCUUAUGAGUGCAAAAUUUGUGGGAAAGCGUUUGGCGACCCAUCCAACUUGAAGAGGCACGCCUUUAGCCACACUGGGGAAAAGCCAUUUGCGUGCCCGGACUGUGGUAGGAGAUUCAGUCGAAAAGAUCACCUGAAUGAACAUCGCGCGAAACACGCAGAGGACAAUAUCAUUCCGAAUACACGGGGAACUGGCAAUCUGAGUGCCACUGUUGUGGAAAAAAGCUUCUGGUGUGUAUCAACCAAGAACUACCAAAUACACAAGGAAGUGACCAUCUACAUGAGGAAAUAAGAUAGAUAACCCACCCACUUAUCCUUGUGUUAUGGGAAACAUAGAGUAAAAGGUUAAUAAAGAGAAUCAAUCAAAGAAA